UGUAUGACUUCCGGGGUUCCACCACCCGUUCCUUCACACUAACCAUUCGUCUUUCUCUUUCGCAAGCUUGGAGACAGUUUGCAGGCAGAAAACGCAAUGGCAGGACGACGACCAAGAGGGACCGGAAUUCGCGGACCACACUCAGCGUUGACAGAUUUCCUAGCUGUAAGCAGACUGCCCAGGCUUUCAACGAUUUUGCGCUGCAGUCACUCAAAUCUCGACUCUGUCAGCUCGGAUAUCGUCCGUGAGCUGAUAGCUGACGCAUCCUCAGGCCAACAACAUCUCUGCCCAAGAAAUCCGCGAUUCUUACCGUGACCGAGUGCAACGAGCCGAGCAAGAUGCUGCUGCUGCAGAUGAUAACGGUGAAGGGCCCUCGAACGCUGGCGACGAUGUAGAGGCAGACUUGCAGGCUGAGUCGUCUGCCAUGGCUGCCGAGCGAUCUCGCAAGCGCAAGCGCAAUCAAGACGAUGCCAUCGCAAAGAUCAAGAAAGGAAAAGAAGCGAAGAAGAAGUCUAAGAAGAAGAAGAAGGGGCCAAACGAUGAGUCAGACGAAGAUUUCAUGGACAUGUACCAGAAGGUGAAGAAGCUGCCGGGACAGCUGGAGCGCUGCGAGACCUGCGACAAACAGUUCACAGUCACGCCCUACAGCCAGGCAGGUGCUCAAGGCGGCCUAUUGUGCACACCCUGUGGAAAGGAGCUGAAGAAAGAGGCGAAGGCUCAAGAAAAGGCGAAGCAGAAGCCUGUGGUUCGCAAGGGCCGCAGAAAGCUCGAGAGCAACCGUUUGGACGGACUGACAGUGCGAGGCCCCAAGUCACUUCAACAGUUGUGCAUUGAGAAGCUUGCUAUGCACUCUGAAGAUAUCGAUGAACUUGGGGAGAUGCCUGAGAGCAUCAUGAACAGGAUCAGCGAGAUCUUCUCAAAGAAGCGCGCGAUGACCUCGUCAACCAUGAAGCUAUUUCUUCAGCCGGACAUGGACACCGUAGCCAUUCACGAGGCAGCCUAUCUCGAGACAGAAGAUUACAACCAGAUCUUCGCCAUCUGUCCUACCGUCAAGAAGCUGAGUCUCCGAAAUAGUUGUCAGUUCAAGGACGCCAACAUCGAUUACUUGAUUGAGAAGGCAAAAUCACUGGUGGAUAUACAGCUACUAGGCGCCAACCUCGUUUCGAACGAUAAAUGGAUCGAGCUGUUCAUCGCACGCGGUCAGGAUCUCAAGUCUUUGAAAGUCGAGUGGCUAGAUGCUGCCUUUGACGAUCAGGCUGUCGAAGCACUGACAACCUUCUGCCCGAAUAUCGAGCGCCUUAAGCUUGAGCGAUGCAAGAAACUCGGCGCUGACAGCAUUGAUGCAAUCGCUCGGUUGCAACAGCUCGAGCACCUCACCCUGCGCUUCUACGAGCAGGUUCCCCACGAGAAGCUCAUCCACAUGAUCACAUCCGUCGGCGCCCACCUACGCACGCUAUGUCUGGAGCACUUCCUCGACAACGACAGCGAGCCCACUGACGCCGUCCUCGAAGCCAUCCACAACACCUGCCGUCACAUCAGCAAAUUCCGCUUCAGCGAGAACACCGAGUGCACCGACGCCGGCUACGUCCACCUCUUCACUGACUGGCCCAACCCGCCCCUCCGCUACAUCGACGUGAACAGUCUGCGCGACAUGGACAACACCAACCCGGACGGCCCCACAGAUUACCCCGUCGGCCUCGCCUCCGGCGGCUUCCAGGCCCUCAUGGCGCACUCCGGCCAGCGACUCGAGUACCUCGACAUCUCGUCCUGCCGCCACAUCACCCACGCAACGUUCACCGACCUCUUCGACGGCGUGAAGCAGUACCCGCACCUGCGCGAGAUCAACCUAUCGUUCUGCCCCGUCGUCGACACCGCGGUCGUGGCGGGCAUCUUCCGCUCGUGCCCGCGGCUACUCAAGCUGGUCACAUUCGGCUGCUUCGAGGUCGCGGAUGUGGCGGUGCCGAAGGGGAUUGUGCUCAUUGGGGCGCCGCGCGCGCAGGAUCAGAUCGAGCAGUUUGGCGACACGGUGAUGCAGUUCCAGCAGGAGAUGUGGGAUGAGAUGGAGGGCAUGCGGGCGGCGGGGCGGCUGGUGCCGAUGGUGGCUUAGUCGAAGCCGGGCAAGGAGUUUACGGUGUUUGGUCAGAUACCACGGUCACGGUCCGGGUCUGCGGGUUAUGCGAGGCGCUUCGAUGGCGGUAGAAAUGACUUAUUUACAGUACAUGUACAACGCGAAGUGACCGUCGUGC